CGAGACCGUAGUUACGUCAUCGCCACGCGACACAUAUGUGCUAACACCACACCGGGAGCAACGCAAGGCUUGCAAGCUAAUCGAACAAAUGCUUCAACUGACAAGUUGGGGUGACAAAACAAAUUAACUGAAGCGGCUAAUAGCUGCACUGGACAUAAAUGUCUCAAUGGACGUCAUAUUCGAGGGAGGAGGAGGAGGAACGGGAGGUGAGAAAUGCCUCUUCCGGUGUGGCAGCAUGAUAAAACUUGGAACGACACGCUGCCCAAGGACAGGAGGAGUGCUUCUGGACCUGAAUGGACUAUUGUGAAACGUCAUUGUUUUAAAUUUAAAACUUUAAAGAGCUGACAAGCAAUGGAGGGCCAAGUGGAGGAGAAAAUGUGUGGGAAACUGAGGGCCACCUGCGUCCAGUUCAAUUCCAAGCUGAGGGGCGUCUUUACGUGGGAUCUGCUGAAGACCCUGGUCAUGGGCCAGGUCUUGUCCUUGUUGAUCUGCGGCACAGCGGUGAGCUGUGAGUACCUGGCCAUCGCCGGUGUGCACACGCCCAUGAUGCAGAGCUUCCUCAACUACACCCUGCUGCUGCUCGUCUACACCACCAUUCUUUGCACCCACAAAGGGGAUCGCAACGUCUUUCAGGUGUUGAAGACCAAGUGGUGGAAGUAUCUGCUGAUGGGUCUGGCAGAUGUGGAGGCAAACUACACUGUGGUCAUGGCCUACCGCUAUACCACGCUGACCAGCAUCCAGCUGCUGAACUGCUUUGUCGUGCCGGUGCUGAUGCUCAUGUCCUGGUUCCUCCUGAAGACCCGCUACAAGCUGCUCCACUUCAUCGCCGUCACUGUGUGCCUGCUGGGCGUGGCCGCCAUGGUCGGUGCCGACGUCCUGUCGGGGAGAGACCAGGGUUCCACCAGUGAUGUGGUGCUGGGCGACAGCUUGGUCCUGAUCAGCGCCGUCCUCUACGCCGCGUCCAACAUAUGCCAGGAGUUCACUGUGAAGAACCUGAGCCGGGUGGAAUUCUUGGGUAUGAUGGGCUUCUUUGGGACGAUCAUCAGUGGAAUCCAGCUAGCUGCGCUUGAAAUCAGCGCUGUCAAGGAAAUCAAAUGGAACUUUCACGUCGCCAUGCUGUUUGUGGCGUACGUGCUUUGCAUGUUCGCGCUGUACAGCUUCAUGCCCGUGGUGGUGAAGCGGACGAGCGCCACCGCCGUCAACCUCUCGCUGCUCACCGCCGCCCUCUUCAGCCUAUUUUGUGGCAUCUUCCUCUUCCACUACACGUUCUCGGGGCUGUACAUCAUGGCGUUCAUCUUCAUCAUGGUGGGUUUCGUCACGUUCAACGCCAUGCCCACCUACGCCGCUCAGCCUGAGCCCGACACCGUGGACCCUUCAGACCAGGAGGCUCAGAGCGCCUCGGACCGCCUGCUGCCGGCAAACGGAGACGGCGUGCCGAGAAACGGCGGCUUGAUGGUAGUCGCCGCCCUGUGACCACAGAAGAAGACUUUCUGUUGUAAGAAAAGCAGCUGGAGGUCAUCAGAGUGGUUGUGGUAUGUGGAUAAAGGCCACCGUGACAUUGUUGUUACAAAAGCAUUCCUAGAAGAACUACUGAUAGAUUGUCGUCAAAUCACAGAUGUUACUGCACUGCUAUGUGGUGCUUAUGUUACACCAAAGUAUUUUCUAUUUAUACUAUUUUAUAUUCUACUCUUCUAAACUGUUUACUGUGUGGCAUGUGUUCUUUAAUCUGGCCUCUUUUAGAUUAUUUGCCUUUUUUAUUGCCACUGUUUCCAUUUCCUCUGUAGGUUUUAUUCUCCGUUUAAAAAACCCCCAAUGAUGCUGAAACCCCUGGAGAUCUUUUUUUUUUUUUACUGCCAUUAUUUGCCCUUUUUCUACCACAUUUACUAAAUGUCCCGAAACUAACACUGUACUUCUUGGAACUUUUGGUUAAUGUGAUAAAGUGGGGAAGGGGCUUUUGUUUACUGCUUAUUAUUUACUGUUAAAGUAUGAUGUUGUCUUUUAAUUUUUCUGUCUUCAUCCGAUUUUGUAACCGAACAAAGCUAUUUGAAUGUUGUAUAUCUUAAUAUAUGAUUGAAAAGCUGACUUAUCCUCAUAAUCGCAUUUUUUUGGAAUGGACAUUUCUGCUGUUUUAUUUUUUUACGUAAUGCUGUACCCAAAUUUUUUUUAAAGUGGUUUAUAUGUAAAAUGUACGCUUUGUAGUGUUAACAACAAAAUCAGUCCAAAAAAAGUCAUUUUUGCCUUAAGAUGACAUGCUGUAUCUUUUGUUUACAAUUAAAUGUUUAGAUGAUUUUUCUGCAAAGUGACUCCUGAGGUGAAAUGUACCUUUUUUUUUGUUUUGACCUUUAUUUUUUUUACAGUACAAUAAUGCUUAUGCUGAAACAAAAAUGCAGCUGUUUGGCCACAAUACCCAGCAAUAUGUUUGGAGGAGAAAAGGUGAGGCCUUCAAUCCCAGGAACACCAUCCCUACCGUCAAGCAUGGUGGUGCUAGUAUUAUGCUCUGGGCCUGUUUUGCUGCCAAUGGAACUGGUGCUUUACAGAGAGUAAAUGGGACAACAAAAAAGGAGGAUUACCUCCAAAUUCUUCAGGACAACCUAAAAUCAUCAGCCCGGAGGUUGGGUCUUGGGUGCAGUUGGGUGUUCCAACAGGACAAUGACCCCAAACACACGUCAAAAGUGGUAAAGGAAUGGCUAAAAGAGGCUAGAAUUUUUAGAAUGGUCUUCCUAAAGUACUUACUUAAACAUGUGGACAAUGCUGAAGAAACAAGUCCAUGUCAGAAAACCAACAAAUUCAGCUGAACAGCACCAAUUGUGUCAAGAGGAGUGGUCCAAUAUUCAACAGAAGCUUGUGGAUGGCUACCAAAAGUGCCUUAUUGCAGUGAAACUUGCCA